CGCUGGCGUCCCGCGAUACCCAGCGGAGUGCCACAUGCUGCAACCGAAGACUUUGAAUACGGAGGACACAUGAUCCCGAAGGGCACACUGAUUAUCGACAACCUCUGGGCACAAACCCGCGACGAAUUGGUUUACUCGGAUCCCGAGACAUUCAACCUUUCCCGAUUCCUCGAUACCUCAGGUCAGCUCAAGCCUGGUAUACCAGAUACGCAUGACGAUAACCUUGGCUUCGGUCACGGACGGCGUAUUUGUCCCGGUCGCGACUUGGCACUCAAUUCAUUGUUCAUCACCUUCGCUUACCUCACUUUGGCUUUCGAUAUGCGCAGAGGGAAGGGUGCAGAUGGGAGAGAUGUGCAUGUGGAU